AUGGACAACUUCACGACCUGGAAAGGUGUGGUUUACCUUAGUGCAGAGGACGACACCACAGCACAGCAAAUCUGCAAUGUCAUCGACACCGCAGAUUUUCAGUACCUCGAAGAGUUCGCGCUGGCCAAGAGAAUUGAGCAUGAGAAGCAACUGGACGCUAGAAAGAUCCUCGCAGGAGUCACCUGCACCACGACUACCGAUGAUUUGACUUGGGGCAGCACGCAUGUUGUGUUCAAGCUCGUGUUUUCUGACGGCAAGAUCUGGGUCGCUCGUGUCCCAUACACACCACUUAACGGCACCAAGCUGCAUCAAUACCUCGUCGAGAUGACCACAGAAAAGGCAGCCCUGGAGACACUCCGACGCAGGACUUUCAUCCCAGUCCCGCAGAUAUUUGGCCAGGACCUGGCUGUCAUCAACGGUUCUCGCUUCGGCUUCCCAUUCACGCUGAUGAGCUGGCUGCCUGGCUCAACGUUGAGCGGUGCUGUCGCUACCCAUGUACCGGAAACCCAUCUGCUGCACAUUGCCAAACAGAUGGCGCACAUUCUUUCCCAGCUGCAGAAUGUUAUCUUUGACGAGCCUGGCCGUCUUUGGUGUGGACGUCGACCCAGCGAUCCGCCCAUGGUAAUUCCCGUCAUCCUGCACGCCAACAGUGCUCCAUUUCCUCCCAAGAACUCAGUCGAUUGGUUCAGCAUCGCCACAGGAAUAGAAGUCAAGAUGUCAACAGACGAGGAGGACGAGAAUGACGAGGAGGACGAGGAGGACGACAUUGAAGAACCCUAUCAUCCGUUCGAUCCAAAGGGAUUGCUGUUAGCAAGCCUCAUCGGAGACCGGGUCCACGGGCCAUUCCCCCUCUGCCACAUGGAGUUGCAUCACCAAAAUAUCCUGUUUGAUGAUGAGUGUAACAUCACUGGCGUGCUUGGGUGGAGACAUGCUGAGGCAGUUCCACUGGAGCGACUGGCGAUCUGCCAAGAGUACCUCCACUCCCCCGGGGAUAGAAAUGAUGAUAUAGUGCUUUUGUUUCGCGAGAUGACACGGAGCUGCCUGCAAGAGACGGAUGACGAGGAAAAACACUCGUGGGAGUGGAUGGGAGUUGAAGAUCCACUUCCCCGACUUGCAAGCUAUUUUGCAUCUCCAAGAGCAGAGCAGCUCGGUAGCCUGCUUCAGAGCAGUUGA